AUGGCCCUGAAGGUGGAUGUCUUCCAGGUUUCGUCCCAGGCUCUAUCUUACCCACAUCAGAAUGUGGAAACACUCUCAAAGCUGAUAGCCCUGGGGAAACUGCCUCCUGAUGCCAGCCCCCCUGAGAACCUGGUUGAUAACCCAACCUCUGUCUACAAUAACUGGCUCAACAGCCUUCCCCAGCACAUCAAGAGCAUGGUCCUCAGUGAGGUGCCUGAGUGCAACACAGAGAAUCAGUUUAUGAAGUGGACAGUUCUCGCCAUCAUCAUCAUCAUCAUCAUCAUAUUUGAAAACAUGACCAUAGCUUGGGCCUAUGGCGCCAGGAGUGAAGAAGUACUGAAGACCCUAGACAAAGAUGAGCCAAAGGAUGAAGGCCCCUCGGAACGACCAUCCUGGGCCAAUAAAACUGAGUACCUUCUGGCCCAGGUGGGAUUCUCUGUGGGGCUGAACACCAUCUGGCGCUUUCCUUAUCUGUGUUUUCACAACGGAGGUGGCAGUUUUAUCAUCAUCUAUGUCCUCAUGCUGUUCUUCCUUGGAGUUCCUCUUCUCUUCCUGGAGAUGGCAGCUGGCCAGAGGCUGCGUCAGGGCAGCAUUGGUGUAUGGAAGAUCAUCAGCCCCUGGAUUGGUGGUGUGGGGUAUGCCAGCUUCACGGUAUGCCUCAUCGUGGGCUUGUACUACAGCAUGCUCAUGGCCUGGAGUCUCUUCUAUUUGGUUCAGUCUUUCCAGUCCCCACUGCCUUGGUCAUCAUGCCCCUCACUGAGGAACAGCAGUGAUUUUGAUCCUGAAUGUGCACGGACGACAUCCACCACAUACUUCUGGUACCGGAAAAUGUUGAAGGCCACAGAUGAAAUUGAGAUGGGUGGGCUACCAAUCUUUCAUCUCAGUGUGUCUCUCUUUGCGACCUGGUUACUUAUCUGCAUCUCCAUGAUGAAAGGGCCCAGGUCCAUUGGGAAGAUGCUGUAUGUCUUAGUUCUUCUUCCCUACUUCAUCCUUUUUGGUCUCCUUGCCCAGACUCUACAGCUGGAAGGUGCCAUUUUUGGUCUCAAGACUUUGUUAGCUACCAAGGUAACAGACCUGUACUCUAUGGAACUGUGGCGCUGGACAGGAAACCAGGUCUUUUUGUCCAUGGGCCCUGGCUUUGGCAGCUUCACUGCAAUCAGCUCAUAUGUCCCUCGGUCCAACAACUGUAUCAGUGAUGCCUUUGCUGUGGCUUUUCUCAACUUGGUCACCUCAAUGACUGCCACGUUGGCUAUGAAGGGUCCAGGUGUGACAUUUGUGGCAUUUACCAACCUCAUCUCUGUGCUUCCUGGACCCACCUUAUGGGCCAUCAUCAUCUUCCUGCUGCUGGUGAACCUGGGGAUGAGCACCAUGAUAGGGAUUAUUCAGGGCAUCAUUAUCCCUCUCCAGGACACGUUCUCUUCCCUCAGGAAACAUACGAAGCUGCUGACAGUGAGUGUCUGCGUGCCUAUGUUCCUGGGUAGCCUCAUUUUUGCAAGGCCCUCGGGCAGCUACUAUGUGAAUCUGCUGGAUGAUUACUGGUCAUCUCUGCCCCUCUUCUUCAUUAUCAUCUUGGAGAAUGUGUCCAUGGCCUGGAUCUAUGGGGCCAGGAGGUUUCUUGCAGACAUGACAAUCCUGUUGGGCCGCUCUAUCUCCCCCAUGUAUCGUCGGCUGUGGUCCUUUCUGUCUCCAUUUGUGCUGCUAAUCCUGUUUUUGUCCACCCUGGUUCAUCUUUGUGGGAAGGAUAUCACCUAUAUGGCCUGGAACUCAACCGCAGUGAGCCUCCCUCCCCAAUAG